UUAAAAUGCUUGUUCCCUAUGUCAUGUGGUAAGCUUCCACGACUCUUGUAUGUGAGUAUAGUAGAUGCCCCUCAGCUUGGGCAAGUAUUUGGAUGGAAGCAGGCAGAGGGACAGAAGCUGGUCUUGGAGAAUGUGCUUCCCAAACUAAUUGCAAUAAGACUAGUAAAACUGCCAAAUCUUCAUACUAUCUGUCAAGGGAUUGAUUUUCAUACUGUUAAAAUCCGUCGUGUGCGUCAAUGUCCUGCUAUUUCUUUACCUUCAGCUUAUGAUGGUAGCAUCCAAGAAAUGGAUGAAUUACUAUCUCAAACACUGUCUAAUGAAGACUACUAUGACUACGAGGAGGAUAUUUGUGACUGGGCUUAUGAGGUUAGUGAUGAACGGGAAUCCGAGCGGGCAGAGGCAUCCGAGGUUAUUGAAGGAGACUCCAUAGUUUCACCAAAAUCACCAGAGAUCAAAGAAGAGGAAUCAUUAGAAGAAGACAUGAAAAAAGACUCAACAAUGCCCCAACAGAAUAAUGGUUCACCAAAUUUUGAAAAAAGUGAGGAAGUAUCAAAGGAAAUUGGCAUAAGAGACUCCACAACACAUAAAACAAAAAGUAAUUUUCCAAAUUUGACAGAGGAUACCAUUGCAUCAACAAGUGGAAUUGUCGAAGAAAAACUCUCAACAACUCCGUCAUCUAGUUCAGACAUGAAUCUCAAAGCAACUUUUGGAGAAGGUCCUUCAUUUGAGAAGUAUGACAAAGAAAGUUCAUCAGCUUAUUCAAAGCCGAAAACUGAAGAACCUUACACAUUAGCUCCUUCUGAAGAGUUAUGUGGAAAGGAACCAAUGGGUGAUCAACAAGCACCUGGAGAAAAUAAAACCUCUAAUGAACCUCCUCAAAGAGUUGAAGAACCUAUCAAAGAAUUUUCCUCCAAAGAAACAUCAAAUGAAAUGGUCUCUUCAAUCCCAUCUCCCAAAAAGCCUCAAAUAGCAACUUCAGCAUCUCACGUGGAAAUGGAGUCAGGGAUCUCUGCUAUUACCGAUCACACUGCCCAAGAUAAAACCACGGAGAAACCAGAGACCUCCGCUGGAAAACAAAUUAAGUUUGACCAAGGAAACCAGAAGCAAUUUGCAGAAGAUGAUCUGAUGAGAUUGUUCCGAAUAAUGGACGAAGGUGCUGAAAUGGAAGUUCACAUACCUGAUGUAUCCAAAAUUGCAGCUCUUCGAGAUGAUAACGAGUUGAAGAAGGCUCUCACUGACUUGGAAGCCUCAUUGAAGAUGAGUCUGAGUGAAAUAACUUGCUCCGAAGAGAGCAAACUUCGCCUUGAGAAUGCUCUCAACAUCUUAUCCUCCCACUGUUCUGAAGAAGGAGCUCCCUCUCAUGGCCUUCAAGCUACAAUUCACUCUCUGCAACAAGAAAUCCAGACUGUUCUAUCUUCCUCCAAGCAAGCCUAUGCCUCUAUUGACACAUUCAACGAGCUUGAACGAAAAGAGAAGCUUAUAACUGAAGAAGCUUCAAAGAGAAAGGAAGCAGCCACAACUCUUCUGUCUAAAAUUCACAAUAAAGAGAGUUCUUUGGCCGAGGCUCAGCAAAAAGAAGCAGAGUUGAAGGAGAAAAUCUCUAAGAUUCAGGCUGAAGUGUAUAGGAAGGAAAAAGAAAUCCAAGAGUGUGAGAUUGAACUGUUAUCUCUCAAAGAACAGAAGAAGAAGAGUGUUUUUGAGACAAUGGGGCUGAUAAACCAGUUCGACGCAGUGAAGAGAGAAAGGUAUCACAUGGAGGAAGAAAACAUAAAAGCAAAGCAACAACUACAAAAUAUGGAUGUUAAGUGGUCUUCUUGUCUAUCCAAUCUGAGAAAAGUCACACUGCUGCUAGGAGUUCAUCUUCAACAUAAGCUUUCAUAG